CUCGACCUUUGGCUUCUCGGCGCGAUGCCAGCCAGCAGACCAGCCCUGAUCAUGCACCGUAAGUGAGCCACUUACUUUUGUUUGAGUUCUCGCUGAUACGGAACGAGCAACAGCGCUUCGAAGAGAGCCCGUCCUAACACCCCGGCUAACGCGAGCGGCCGCGCGAAUAUGAGCGGUCAGCGUGUUGCUAAUACCGGGGUUGGUGCGAAUGGCCAGGCGGGCGGCGGGAGACAGCAGGCUGGUGUUGGUCAGACUGGUGUUAAUCAGGGUGUUGCUCAGGCUGGUGUUCAUCAGGCUGGUGUUAAACAGGAGAAUGUCAACCAGCCGACUGCCAACCCAGCGAGUGCCGCCCAGGCGAAUGCUAACCACGCGAAUGUCAGCUGGGCGAAUGUUAACCAGGCACAUGCCAGCCACGCCGAUGCUAAUCACGCGAAUGCUAACCACGCGGGUGCCGCCCAGCCAGGUAUCAACCAGGCCGGUGGAGCUGGAGCCAACCCGGCGAAUUUCAUCCACCCCGAUCUCUACCAUAUAUUCCAGGCGUCCGCCGAGAAAUACAGCCGUUGCAACAUUGCGAUCUUCCGCGUUGGCCCGAGCCCCGUCAAGUUCCACGUGGACAUCGACCACCUCCUCGUGCGCAGCCCCAACUUCCAUCGAUUCUGCAUGGUCGAGUGCGCCGAGCGCAGCGAGCAGCACAAGCCCCGCCUCAUCCACCUCCCCGACGUCUGCCCGACCACCUUCAGCCACUUCCUCAAAUGGAUGGGCAACAGCGAUCCGUUCGGCGGCCGCCCCCUGCCCGACCUCGCGCCCUUCCUCAGCCUCUGGCGCUUCUCGGAGCGGUUCCAGUGCUUCCUGCUGCAGUCCGACCUGCUGGCGUACCUGCACCGCUGGCUGGGCAAGCACCGCGGCCUCUUCGGGGUCUCCGUCAUCCGGCUCGUCUACACCAUGUUCGAACGCGACUCGCACAUGCGCAAGAUGGUCGUCGAGGUCAACGCGUGGCGCUCGGGGCUGGCGGACUUCCAGAGCUCCAAGGCCGACGUCCCGCGCGAGUACGUCGAGGAUCUGGCCGAGGCGCUGUUGUCCGUCCGCAGAACUGACCCGCUCACUGGAUUGCCCGGGGACUUCGUUGCGCGCUACAUGCCGACGGAGGAGGAGAAAGUGGAUUCGGAUUCGGAGUAGUGGCUGACGUUACGGGUCCUGUGGGUUUCUCCGCUCUUGUGGCUGUUGCUGAUGAGGUUGGUGGUGAGUUCGGUUUGCUUGCUUCAGGAUGGUAGUUUUCGGUGGUAAGAUUGGGUGCGCAGCUUAUGAGUUGAACCUCACUUCUUCAGAUUGUUUCCCACAUUGCUACUUUGUGCGAUUCCGUGAGAUUGCCUUGUUCUUCGGGAUAUGGAUGAAAACUGGACUCCAAUAACCUUAAAAAGUUGUGUUGACUCGGGGGAUUGACUUUUCUGUACUUAGCCUGUGAUAAUGCGGAGCCAAAUUGAAUUGAUAUCAGCCUUUGUACUGCAUAGUCGAACGUAGAGCAGAUACAUCUCAUGGUAACAAGUGCUAUCACCAUCGAGGCAAAGAUAGG